GCUGGCGUCCGGGCGGUGCGGACCGUCCAGGGACCGUCGGCAACAAGCGAGUCAAGCGACGCCACUCCCACCCCGAGGCUGCCCGAGGCAGGCGGGCGAGCGGAUGCAGCCGACUGUGCGGCCGCCAGCAAGGCAGACGCCAUGCAGCCUCUCCAACUAGCGAACUAGCCACCGGGACGGGGAGUCCCUGACCCUGUCGCCUCAAAGAUGGCGAUGCAGACGUUCGAGGCCCGCCUCCGCCUACCCUGCUGAUCUGGAUACGAUGGCUCUGCAGAUGGCUCUGCAGUGGGACAAACUGUCCCCUGCAGAGUUCCAGCAGCUGCAGGACUUCGCGGCCUAUUCCACCAAGAAGCUCAGCGAUGUCCUGGAGGAGUUUUCCGGCAGUGGCCCUCUCUCCAAGUACAGCCCCGAUGGCGACAUCGACUUCGCCGGCUUCCGCCUGUUCCUGGACACGUUCCUGGAGGUGGAGACGCCGGACGAGCUGUGCCGACACCUGUUCCUGUCGUUCGUGCGCCGCGGCUCCGUCUACAUCGACGGCAAGGCCAUGAAGGAGAUGGCCGUGCUGACCUCGGCCACGGCGUGCGCACCCAUCACGUCGCACACCACGGCGCAGCCCACGGCGCAGCCCGGCUCCGUGCCCAACAUCGCCACGUGCGCGGUGGACUGGGGGCUGGCCGGGCUGGCGGGGCUGGCCGGCUGCGGCACCGGCUCGGGCACGGGGCUCACCGAGGCCAAGGAGAAGCUCUCCUUCACGGACCGCCUGCACGGCCUCGGCGAGCGCCUCAGCGCGCUGUCCAUCCACCGCGGCGACUCGGACCCCCUCGGCCGCAACCGGACAGGCAGCGUCGGCGCGUCCGUGCACCCGCUGCUCACCGUCACGCACACGUCGUACUCCUGCCACGAGGUGCUGGACAAGCAGCGCUCCUCCGAGUCCUCGCCCAGCCACAGCCACAGCCAGGUGUCGCGCAACUCCAGCCGCAAGUCCAACAACUCGCUGCUGCACGUCACCAACGGCAAGCUGGACGACAUCAGGCACCUGGUGAGGAAGUCGUCGAGCCUGGACAUCCACGCGCUGCGCGUGCCCCUCAAGGACAUCGUCUGCUACCUCAGCCUGCUGGAGGGCGGCCGGCCGGAAGACAAGUUGGAAUUCAUGUUCCGGCUGUACGACACCGACGGCAACGGCGUUUUAGAUACAAAUGAAAUGGACUGCAUAGUGAACCAAAUGAUGACCGUGGCGGAGUACCUCGGCUGGGACGUGUCCGAGCUCAAGCCCAUCCUGCAGGACAUGAUGGUGGAGAUCGACUACGACGCGGACGGCACCGUGUCGCUGUCGGAGUGGAAGCGCGGGGGCAUGACCACCAUUCCGCUUCUCGUGCUGCUCGGCCUCGACGCUAACGUGAAGGAGGACGGCAACCACGUGUUUCGGCUCAAGCACUUCAGCAAGCCGGCCUACUGCAACCUGUGCCUCAACAUGCUGGUCGGACUCGGCAAAAAGGGGCUGUGCUGCAUUUUCUGCAAGUACACGGCGCACGAGCGGUGCGUGCAGCGCGCGCCGGCGUCGUGCAUCGCGACCUACGUGAAGAGCAAGCGCACGGCGGGGGCGCCGCAGCACCACUGGGUGGAGGGCAACUGCAGGGGAAAGUGCGCGCGCUGCCGGAAGGUGGUCAAGUCCUACAACGGCAUCUCGGGCCUCAAGUGCCGCUGGUGCCAGACCACGCUGCACAACAAGUGCGCCUCGCACGUGAAGCCCGAGUGCACCCUGGGCGACCACCGCGUGCACAUCCUGCCGCCCACCGCCAUCUGCCCCGUGGUGCUGGACCGGCAGCGCUCCUUCUCCCAGAGCCAGAGCCGGCCGCGCUCCGAGACGCAGACGCCGGACUCCAACUGCUCCCCCCCCUGCCUCGUCGUCCGAGUCUGCCUGACCCACGUGGCCAACCUCACGUUCCAGUUCAACCCGUCGUCGGGGCGCGAGAGCCGAGAGCAGCAGCCGGCCAUGUCGUUCCAGGUGACGCCGCCGCCCAACACCAGGCCGCUGCUGGUCUUCAUCAACCCCAAGAGCGGCGGCCGGCAGGGCGCGCGGCUGCUGCGCAAGUUCCAGUACCUGCUGAACCCGCGGCAGGUGUACAACCUGGCCACGGGCGGGCCCAUGCAGGGCCUCACCAUGUUCAAGGACGUGCCCAACUUCAGGGUCAUCUGCUGCGGCGGCGACGGCACCGUGGGCUGGGUGCUGGAGACCAUGGACCGGGUCCAGUUCGAGGAGCAGCCUGCAGUGGGGGUGAUUCCCCUUGGCACGGGCAAUGACCUGGCACGGUGCCUGCGAUGGGGCGGCGGCUACGAGGGCGAGUCCAUCCCCAAGCUGCUCAAGAAAAUCGCCAACGCCGUGCCCGUGAGCCUGGACCGGUGGCAGAUCUCGUUCACCGACGUGCAGGACGAGGGCGGGGACCCCGUGCCCUACAACAUCAUCAACAACUACUUCUCCGUCGGAGUGGACGCCGCCAUCUGCGUCAAGUUCCACAUGGAGCGGGAGAAGAACCCCGAGAAGUUCAACAGCCGCAUGAAGAACAAGCUGUGGUACUUUGAGUUCGCCACGAGCGAGACCUUCGCCGCCUCCUGCAAGAACCUCCACGAGGACCUCGACAUUGUGUGUGACGGCGUGUCCCUGGACAUGGCCAACGGGCAGUCGCUGCAGGGCGUGGCGCUGCUCAACAUCCCCUACACGCACGGCGGCUCCAACCUCUGGGGGGACAACCACUCGCGCAAGCGGCGCUGCAAGCGCAGCAAGUCGGCGGGGGCCUUGUCCUCCAGGGAGUUCUCCUCCUCGUCCUGCACCUCGGUGGACCUCAGCCUGGCCGUGCAAGACGUGGGCGACCGGCUGAUCGAGGUGAUCGGCCUGGAGAACUGCCUGCACAUGGGGCAGGUCCGGACGGGGCUGCGUGCGAGCGGCCGCCGCCUGGCGCAGUGCUCCUCCGUCGUGAUCCGCACCAGGAAGAGGCUGCCCAUGCAGAUCGACGGCGAGCCCUGGAUGCAGCCGCCCUGCACGAUCUCAGUGACGCACAAGAACCAAGUGCCCAUGCUGAUGGCGCCGGCACCGGACAAGACCAAAGGCUUCUUCAGCUUCUUCAGGCGGUGAAACUGAUAAAGAGAGAGAGAGAGAGAGAGAGAGAGAGAGAGAGAGAGAGAGAGAGAGAGAGAGAGAGAGAGAGAGAGAGAGAGAGAGAGAGAGAGAGAGAGAGAGAGAGAGAGAGAGAGAGAGAGAGAGAGAGAGAGAGAACAGUGCGGUGCGCCUCGGGACCCGCCCGUCCAGACUCAAUGUCAAUGGGUCAAUGUGAACUCGAACGCGCUUCGCCGGCGUGGCGGCGUCCGGAUGAGCCCCAGGCCCGCCUCGCCGGCGAAGCGCCGAAAGUCACAAACUGAACCAAACCAAAGUCAUUCCGGUGAGAAAAGUGACCUUUUCUCGCACCCAGUUUCCCCAACCAAAAAAAUAUGUGUGGAUUCGAGUGUAUCGAGUCUUCGCAUUGUUUUCGACCAAAACCAGUAGAACAAAUAGCGAUAUCGACAAAUUAUCACUCAACAUUUCUCUCAUCACAUAUGUAUUUUUAACGUGAUUUUCAUGUAGUUGUCUCUUCUUGUUGGAUUGCUUGUGCACGCCGGGCCGCGCCGGGCCAGGCCCCCCGGCCAGGCCUUUGCUCCGCGUUCCGCCGAGAAGCCAUUUACUCAUUUAAACAGCUUCGGUAGCAAAACAGUUCCGCUUCAGCAUAGAUUCCUUUUGACUUAUGCGAAGCCGACUCUUUUUCGUCCAGCAAAUUUAUGCCAAACGUUCGCACCCGUAUUUGCGAAUAACUUCUUUCGCCAGUCGAGUACUUAAAAUGUUUUCGUCGUUGUUGAAGAUCAAAGAGAGAGGAAAGAUCAAUGUGCGCAGUUUGUAAAAAAAACAAUGCCAAAAAUUUUGCUCUACAAUUUUUUUAUGUGUAUAAAUUUAAUAUGUUCUAGUCACUACCGUCCCAUAUCCUUCCUUGUACCUUGGAGGCCCUUCGUCACCCUCAGUUCUGUAAAUACAUGUCUAUUUAUUA